CGGGCCAAGGCCAGGCGGGCUCCGCACGCGUCUGCGGGGCCGCGGGCAGCGCACGGGGCCGGGAAGGCCCAGGAUGACGUGGUUGUCCCCACGUCGGGGGGCAGGUACGACGUGCACCUGCGGGCGCGGCGGCGCGUGGCCGUGUACUGGGAGGAGGAGGAGGCUGAAGUGCGACGCUGCACCUGGUUUUACAAGGGGGACAAGGACAAUAAGUUCAUUCCCUACUCUGAGUCCUUCAGCGAGGAGCUGGAGGAAGCUUACAUGAUUGCAGUGACCCUGGGAGAGUGGAAGAAGAAGCUGGAGUCCCCCAACAGAGAAGUCAUUAUCCUGCACAACCCAAAGCUGAUGGUUCACUACCACCCCGUGGCCAGCUCUGACGACUGGGUCUCCACCCCCACGGAACAAGGGCGGCCCCGCACUGUGAAGAGAGGAGUGGAGAACAUCCCCGUGGAGAUCCCCAGCGGAGAGCCGCUGCAGAUCGACCACCUGGUGUUUGUGGUGCACGGCAUCGGCCCCGCCUGCGACAUCCGCUUCCGCAGCAUCGUGCAGUGCGUGAAUGAUUUCAGGAACGUCUCCCUCAGCAUGCUGCAGUCCCACUUCAGGAAGGCCCAGGAGCAGCAGCAGGUUGGCCGGGUGGAGUUCCUGCCCGUGAACUGGCACAGCUCCCUGCACUCCACGGGUGUGGACGUUGACCUGGAGCGGAUCACGCUGCCCAGCAUCAACCGCCUGCGUCACUUCAUCAACGACACCAUCCUGGACGUGUUCUUCUACAACAGCUCCACCUACUGCCAGACCAUCGUGGACACGGUGGCCUCGGAGAUGAACCGCCUGCACCGGCUCUUCCUGCAGAGGAACCCGCAGUUCAGGGGCGGGGUGUCCAUCGCGGGGCACAGCCUGGGGUCACUCAUUUUGUUUGAUCUCCUGACGAACCAGAAGGCUGAUCCCGAGGAGGAUGAGCGCUGUGCACAGGGGUCCAGGACAACCUCAAGCAUGGGGGGUAUUGAGGAAGUAAAAGAAAUCCUGAAGAAGCUGGAGCUGUCUGAAUAUUGUGAUGUUUUUGAGAAGGAGAAAAUGGACAGGCAAGCACUGUUCUUGUGCACAGAGAAAAACCUUAAAGAAAUGGGAAUUCCCUUAGGGCCAAGAAUGAAAAUACUCCAUUACAUCAGCUCCAAGACAGAGAUGAAGGAUCAGAGCUCAGCAGCUCCCAGGCACAGUGAGUGUGGAGCCAAGCCAGGAUCCCCGUCCCAGCACGGGGACAGCUCAGAGGAGGUCAGGAGCUGCCAGUACAGGGACGUGGGCUUGGGACAGGUGUCAGCCAACUACCCCCAGCUGAACUACAAGCCCAGCAUCUUCUUCGCCUUCGGCUCUCCCAUCGGGAUGUUCCUCACCGUGCGAGGGGUGAAGCGCAUCGACCCCAGCUACAGUCUGCCCACCUGCAAGGGCUUCUUCAACAUCUUCCACCCCUUUGACCCGGUGGCGUAUCGCAUCGAGCCCAUGAUCGUCCCGGAGCUGGAGUUCGAGCCCAUGCUGCUGCCCCACCACAAGGGCAGGAAGAGGAUGCACCUUGAACUGAAGGAGGGGCUGACGCGCAUGAGCGUGGACCUGAAGAACAACCUGCUGGGCUCCCUGCGCGUGGCCUGGCAGUCCUUCACCCGCGCCCCGCUGCCUGCCCUGGAGGCAGGGAGCUCUGAGGCCGAGGCAGAGGCACAGGCUGGCACUGAGAAGCAGCCAGACAUGAAGCCAGAGGAGCCCCCAGCAGCAGUGAAGGAAGAGCCCCCCCCAAUCAACGUGGGGAGGCUGAACGGAGGGAACCGCAUCGACUACGUGCUGCAGGAGAAGCCAAUAGAGAGCUUCAACGAGUAUUUGUUUGCACUCCAGGGGCAUCUCUGCUACUGGGAGUCAGAGGACACGGUUCUGCUGGUUCUGAAGGAGAUCUACCAGACACAAGGCAUCACACUGGAUCAACCUUUACCAGGAAGCCAGUGACCAACCUGUGCUGUACUGGCUGUCCAAUCCCACUGAGUUCUCACCAGGAAAGUCCAGAUCUCUUCUCUGCCUUCCUCUCUCCUCUGCUGCCGUGUCCUGCAUGCUGCUUCCCAAGUACUUGCUGCUGCCUGGAGAUAAGAAUGGAUUUUCUUCCAUUUUGGGUAGGGGGAAAAACUGUCAAGGGAAAACCACUUCUGCUCAAGCACACACAACACCUGUACAGUGACUCCCUGUGGCAACAUGUACUUUUCACCCUGCACCCUGUGAGUCCCCACAGCAGCUUCUCCAGCAGUGCAGCAGAGCUGUCAGGCUCCUCGGGGAGAACACUCAGAGCCCAGGACCUGAGGAGAAAAAGCCUUAAACACAGAGCAUGGCAAGAGCUCCAGCAGCCCUGGAGCAGGGGAGGCUGCUGGCUGCUAACAAACACCCAGAGCAGCACUGCAGGCCUGGGA